CUUCAGUCCGACGCAGCUCUCCGAACGACAAUCAGCAACAAUGACCGGACGCGGCAAAGGAGGAAAAGGUUUGGGAAAAGGAGGCGCCAAACGUCAUCGUAAAGUGCUGCGGGACAACAUCCAAGGAAUCACCAAGCCGGCCAUUCGUCGGUUAGCCCGCCGCGGUGGUGUCAAACGUAUCUCCGGCCUGAUCUACGAAGAGACCCGCGGAGUGUUGAAGGUGUUUCUGGAAAACGUAAUCCGUGACGCCGUCACCUACACCGAGCACGCCAAGAGGAAGACCGUCACCGCCAUGGACGUGGUCUACGCUCUGAAACGCCAAGGCCGCACUCUGUACGGUUUCGGAGUCACUAUGGCACCAGGAGGUAAAUCCGCAGGCAAGGCCAUGAAGAAGUCCGGCAAGGCGCAGAAAAACAUCACCAAGUCCGACAAGAAGCGCAAGCCGAAGAGGAAAGAAUCGUACGGUAUUUACAUCUACAAGGUGUUGAAACAAGUCCACCCCGACACCGGCGUUUCCUCCAAGGCGAUGAGCAUCAUGAACAGCUUCGUCAACGACAUUUUCGAACGCAUCGCCGCCGAAUCCAGCCGUCUGGCCCACUACAACAAGCGUUCGACCAUCACCAGCCGGGAGAUCCAGACCGCCGUCCGUCUCCUGUUGCCCGGUGAAUUGGCCAAGCACGCCGUCAGUGAAGGCACCAAGGCCGUGACCAAGCGCGAGUUCUCAUUGGUCGACGGAACGGCCUGCCGAAACAGAGGGGGUUCGCGCGAUACCGCGCCGCGAUUGGUCCGCGCGACGGCCCGAUUACAUAAAUACGACGCGAAAACGUUGUCCGGGCAUCAUUCGAUUUGUUUCUUCAGUCCGACGCAGCUCUCCGAACGACAAUCAGCAACAAUGACCGGACGCGGCAAAGGAGGAAAAGGUUUGGGAAAAGGAGGCGCCAAACGUCAUCGUAAAGUGCUGCGGGACAACAUCCAAGGAAUCACCAAGCCGGCCAUUCGUCGGUUAGCCCGCCGCGGUGGUGUCAAACGUAUCUCCGGCCUGAUCUACGAAGAGACCCGCGGAGUGUUGAAGGUGUUUCUGGAAAACGUAAUCCGUGACGCCGUCACCUACACCGAGCACGCCAAGAGGAAGACCGUCACCGCCAUGGACGUGGUCUACGCUCUGAAACGCCAAGGCCGCACUCUGUACGGUUUCGGAGGUUAAUUCCCGACGACCGUUCGCAUUGCACCCUACCUACUGUUCUUUAAAACGGCCCUUUUCA